AUGAAGCAACAACUUAUUGUCACGGUUUUGUGUGGUCUUUCCUUGAGUACUUUUGGCCAUGAGAUUUUAAAUCGGCACCAUGAGACUCAUCCAGCGGAAUUAGCCCAUUCUAGAGCAAAAUCACCAUUGUCAUCUCGGAAUCAGGGUAGUGACGAAAACGAAAAUUGUGAACCCUCAGGAAAAAAAACAACUCUAAAUAUCGCUAUUGCUUGUUCGCCGCAUCCUAUACUGGACGUGUCCAACGCUUCAGCAACAGUAGGUUUCGCAAUAGACGUUAAAGCAAGCUUGGCCGGAUUUUUAAAUUAUUCGUCCGGUGAGGGAUUAAUCGUUAAUUAUGUAAGCGAAACUGUCGUGGCUAUAGACUUGAGCAAGUGGGGUCACAAGCUAGUCUUUCCCUUUGUUAUCACACAUAACAUCUCACUGCAGACCCUAUUUGAACAAGGCAAAAAAACUAGCAAGGAAGAGGCUAGUGAAUGUAUACAGAAGGGUUUGAUUCUUAUAUCAGGGGGACAAUAUACAGUUUCGGUGUCAGAAGCGUGGGACGUUUUUAUAGACAUAACUAGAGAUUUAUCAGUUGCUUUGAAAACAGUUAUAGCAAUCGUCAAACCUGGUAUCUUUAGCGCAAACACGAGUUUGAAUCGGUUAAUCGAGGUGAUCUACGGUUUGGCGAGCUGGGCAAAGAACACACCUGGUGUCGAGUAUGUAUUAGAACAUCGUGUAUCUCUCAACUUGCAAGUUUUGCUCAACGCCAAAUCAGCGCUUGGAGCUAUUAGAUACAUCUGGGAAGAGCUGAGUCUAACAGACGUUGAGCGCAUUUCCCAAACCUUGAAAACUUCGGUAGAUGUUGAAGAACAGAUUGCUAGUUUAGCAGGAAACUCUACUACUGGAGCGAACGGCAUCAUCAACGUGAUUUCAAAACUUGUACUUUUCGCUCAUGGUCGAGAAUCUUUACACAUUUUAGUUGAGGUUUUGGUAGACUUUAUAGUCAAAAAUAAACACAACUCUGAUGCAUUCCCGGACUUUAGGGCAGAUGUUAAAAAUCUAAACGAGCUAGUUGAGAAACCGAAGUACCAGAAACCACUGAAAGUUGUGCACAAGCUUCUGCGGGAACUUAUAGACCACAAUUGGCCCGAAAGUGGUGUGAGCAUAAGCGGAAUCCUUCAAGAGAUCGACGACGGUCUUAGCAAAAACUCACUCAAACUCGUGAUUCGCGUUUUGAGUUGUCUGAAAGCAAAAACUUCCAUUCAAGUUGCUGUCUCCACUUUGGUGCUGCAUUUCGUCGAACUUCUAACUUUCCGUGGCGGCGCCAAAGUCCUUAGCUUAGUUACUGGUGUCCAAAUAAGCGAAGAGAUUUUGAACGCUGGUCCAAGUGCUCUUACGACAAUCCUCAGAGGUGUUACAAUCGAUCAGUUGUGGAAGGCGCCAACUGGGAAAGCACUAGCUUCUAUUCCAAUACUUAGUUCGGCUGUUGCAGCAGUUGAUGUUGAACUUAAAGCAAGCGCAAUUCAUCUAACCGUGGAAGAAGCACUCGAAAAUAGAGCUAGCGGUGGAAUCAGGGCAAUAAUAACUGAGGUAAUCGAAGGAACGUCUAAACAUGAAGAACCUCCUGUACCCUUGAUUGGUUCAGAAAGCUCAUCUUCAGGUCAAAGUGGAUCUACAACCAAGGAAAGUGGAAAUGCCGAAUCGACUAGCAGCGGUAAUGUUGGACCUGUCACUUUUCCGACUUCAACACAGGGUGGUGAUCAAGGAAGCGGUGGAGAUGGUACAGGAAAAGAAGGAACCAGCGGGGAACCCACAACGGAAGGAGAUGAUAAAGGAAAAGGAGGAAGCAGCGAAGGACCCACAACCGAAGGAGGUGAUAAAGAAAAACCAGGAAGCAGCGAAGAAACCACAACCGAAGGGGGUGAUAAAGGAAAAGGAGGAAACAACGAAGAACCCACAAGCGAAGGAGGUGAUCAAGGAAAAGGAGGAAGCAGCGAAAAACCCACAACCGAAGGCGGUGAUAAAGGAAAAGGCAAUGGCAAUGAAUACGGCGAAAUCGACAUUAAUGGUUUGAAGGGAGCAGAUGGUAAAGAACCUAGCGAUCGCCACAAGGCACAAGGUAAACAUCGAAUUCACGGGAAGUUUUAUCAUGGGCAAGAAAAACAUCAUCAAGGGCAUGAGAAACAUCAUCAAGGGCACGAAAAACAUCAUCAAGGACAUGAAAAGCACCACCAAGGGCAUGGAAAACAUCAUCAAGGGCAUGAAAAACAUCAUCAAGAACAUGAAAAACACCACCAAGAGCAUGGAAAGCACCAACAAACGCACGAAAAACACCACGCCCAUGAAUAGGAACAUAAGGUGUAAUGGAAACGACGAAAACUUCAACAAAUAUAAUGGAUUAAU